AUGCAUUCGAUUGAAAAUAAAAUUCAAAUUCAACAACAACUAGUUCUAAUCAUUGACAAAAGUCCAUCCAUCAGUAUGACAGAUAAACAAGAUUCAGCACCUACAACUUCUAUUGGAUCUAUAGAUCCUAAUAAAUUAGCACCGCUAUUUGCGUUAUGUAAUCGAUUAGAGAGG